GGGGAGGUAACAGCUGCCUGCCAGACUGUGCUCAGGGGGAACUUUUGGACCUUAGUUAGCCUUGCGCGACCGCGUUUUUUCCACCGGUUAAGGUGAAGCAACGUGCCCGAUCAACAAUGGCAUCAGAAGAGCCCAAAGCAAAGAAACAAAAACUGUCAGAGGAGGAGAAGAAACAGGAGUCUCCGACCAAACAGACUCCUGUCAAACUAAGGUGACCGAGAGAGAAGCUAGCAAAAAAAAAAAGGCAUCUGUGGUGCAGGAGGAGACACGACUCUCCUCCUCUGAGAUGCUUGAAUGUUUAUGUUUUUUACCUGUGCAAUUUAAAGAUGCACAUUUGAGAUGAAAUUAUUGGAAAAGCGUGUAAUAAUGUGGUUUCUCUAAUGUGGAAAUCUUGUUGAGGUCAUUUGACUCGUGCAUGAACCCACCACCAUGGAGGUCGCUGUUUUAACGCCGGUGUAAAGUCCUUCGACGCUUAUCUUUAAACCUACAGCUUGUGACUUAUCUUUAGGUUAUCGAUUUGCCAGUAGUAGUAUUAGUUGUGUCAGAGAUGUGUGAGCAGCUCUGCUCUUGUUCAACACCGUCCAUAAACUACAGCGUGUGUGUAAACACUGAAUGUACUGGUGCGUUCAGGGACUCUUGGAAAGCUCGGAGUUCACAAUUUGAGAAUUUGUCCCGGGACCUCUUUGUGUGUUAGUGAUGGGCAGUUCUUUUCGAUGUGCUGAAUCGCUAGAAUCAGUUCACUAAAAAGAUUUGUUCAAAGAUAUGUCACCAAAUCAUUCAGUGCUUGGUGAGAGGAGCCUGUGACUCCGACCUUCUGAACCGAUACACAGCUGAACGGUUCAGGAUACAGUUCAGAUCAUAUUUUCUGAGACCGGGAGACACAAGUGUUUGGCUGUGUUGCUUUGGCAAACAGGUUUGUAAAAAUGAACUUGUUUAUACAUCCUGAUGUUUUAAGUGUACUCUCCUAUGGUAUGCUAUUUAUCAGGUCUGCCCGGUAAAUCGGGCUCAGUGAGUGAUUGGUUCACGGAAUGUUUAGAAGAAUUCACACUGAACACCGUUCCCUCGCAAACUGCUGCACAGAUAAGAUGCUGCGGGUUUUAUGCACUACUUGUUACAUGCUGUGCCCUAUUGUACGCAAGUUGUGGUGGCGGCAAUUUAGCAAAAAAAAAAAAAAAGUUAAGGUCCUUACACACCGGGAACGAUGCAUAUACAUGACACGAAAUUACGAAAUAUUCAGAGGCAAAUUUUGACGCGCCUGACUGUACACAUCAAGCGCGAUGCGAUUUUGCGACUUUCCGAGAGGAAAAAAAGACACGUCCCAGGUGGAAGUGAGAGGACUGACCCAACAGCAGACUGACUGUUUUUCAGUUCUGAUUAGACACUAGUGUUGAGAUGUCUGUCUGUCAUGAUAGCAUGUACUGAGUCGGGGUCAGUACCAGAUAAGCACAUUAAACUAUAAUCUAUUUACGCAAGGUAACAAGCAAGACCUAAUGGUGCUGUGACAGCAACGUGAUUGAGUUUGAGACAGUGAAAAUACAUAUGGUAUAUUGUAUCUGAACAGGUUAGCUUACGAGCUAAAGUUACUUAGCACAGAUGAAAGUUAAAACAAAGACGUUUAGCAAACUGUUAAAGCACACAAACCAUCGUCAUAUGAGAAAUCUGACGCUAUGACUCUCCACAAGUUGUCCUUCAGGUCGUUAUCUUUGUAAUAUUUAUAUUUUUUAUCAAAAAGCACUCUGUUCUCCGACACAUAGACAAUCAGCCAGUCAGCCAUGUUGGAUAUACUGGUGAAUCAGACGUAGCAACAACGCGAAAUCUAACUGGUAUGAAGUGGACACACAGUAUGCGAAACUUUAGAAACUUCGACUGUGAUACGAAAAAAUAAAUGCGGCAAUAUCGCAGGACAGUAAAGCGUUGCUGAUGUGAAUGCUUGUAUUGACAGGAUACGGGUUCAAAAAAAUAUCGAAGUCUGAAAUAAUCGCACAAAAAAAAAAAAUAGCUCCCGGCGUGAAAGGACCUUUAGUUUUGUCUGACAAAAAUGAUUCCAGAGAGUGUAGUUCAAUGCCUGAUUUUUACCAAGUGAUUCAGGCAUCGAUGCAUGCGCUCCGUCAUUCGCCACCUGCUCGCCCAGCAAUGCUGUGUGCUAUACUGGCUGUGCUGCUGACAGCUCAACUGAAGUGAGAAACGAAGAUUCGGUUCAGUUCGUUUACUUAAAAGAUUCGGUUCUUAUGAACGAAUCGUUCGCGAACGACACAACACGAGUGCGCGUACUUCGCGUUUGAUUAAAACUAAGUGGUAUAAAGCGGGCAGAAACUAACAUUAAAAAUACUUUGGAGGAAUGAGACACCACUUUAAUUUAACUGUCAACGAACGUGAAAUAUACCCUGACCACGCUUAACACCCACGUGUCUGUUUUAGUCAAAAAAACUAAUUUUUCUAAGAGAUCAUCAUGCUCACCAGUUUCUGCCCCUGAACGUGUCGUAAGAAAUACUGAUCGGUACACUCCGUUCAUUCAGUGCCUGCACAGAGAAGGCUUGUUUAGUCUUGCCUCACCGCAUCUUGAAAUAAUAAAGUAGUCACGUGGUUUGAAGGAUGAUGUUUACACUUUUUUUCUGCUGCAUAACUCGCUCUCCGGUUCUCUAUAACUUCUCUUAUAAAUGCAUCUGUCACAUGAGGGGUUCCCUGCUGCAGCUUCCACCAUCUGCACGCUUCUCACGCUGUAAUUUCGCCCCCUAAAGAGUGAGAGUAUUGAGGCUGGAGCUUUCCAGAGAAAACCAAUCAACAGACAGAGACAGACCUUGGCCCUUCCUCCGUCUGAUGCCUCCAAUCACUUGGCCCGAGUAGGAGGAGCUGUGGUUGCAGGGGAAAAUCGAUCUGCCCGCACACUGGGCUGAAAAAUGUGAAGUUUUGAAUGCUUAGUUCUUUCUGAGCCGGUUUAAGGUUACUCAACAGGUCUUGUCACUGUCUAGCUGGUGCCAUCAAAGAGGGACACUAUGUCUUCUGCAAGGUAAGAGACAUUUGGCACGCAGAGAUAAGCAGGCAUGGGCUCUGCUGGAGCGUAAUUGGCUGCACAAGCCCAGUAAUCUGUCUGCAUAUUGGCAGAUGUAUUCACUGUAGGGAGUGCUGGUACGGGUGUGGCAUCUUCUUGGUGAUUUGAGGACAAAAGACUGAUCUGUGUUGCAGAGAUAGCUGUCAAGCUGGUUUACUAUUUCUAUUUUCUUUGCUUUUUAAUAAAGACGUUUUGCUGCAUCAGAUCAGCAAGAGUGAAAAUGAUCAUUGAGGACAAAUAUGCUUAUGUUUAUGGUGUGAGGUGACAUCUGUCAAAGGAGACAGAUUAUUGGUGACACUGAAGACUAGCAGAGAGAAAAGGAGGUGACACGUAAACACAUCUUAGCACACGUGUUAUUUACACACUGUUUCAGUCUAUUGCAGUAUUUUCUCAGAGCAAACACUGCAGACUGACUCUCUUGAGGUAAUUGGUAACUGAUGUGUUGGAAAUGUCUCACCACCAAUGUUAUGCAUUGACACAAAGCCCAGUGCCGUCCUUUUGUCUCUGUCUCAUAUUGUCCUGUUCUUGUCUGUUCGCCUCAGGGAAGAUCAGACUGCACUCAAAGAGACACACAAACAGCAUGCUGCCCGCCCUGAUGUUGUCUGCUGUUAAUGUCAUAACACGACUACAUGCAUGACUGGCUGAGCCCUCAGCACAGAGGAACCAUACUCAUGUUCUUCAGUUGUGUUUGUUGAGUCAUGUGCAUUAUGUUUAUUUCUUUAAGACUUGGGCUAAUUCUGUUGUAAGAGUUUAAGCUUAUAAGUCAUGUGAUUGAGGUCACAUGUGGGUUUUUCUAAUUAGUGAGUACCCGCUGGAGGGAGUACACAUGCAGUCCGUUAAACGGGCCUUCUCACACAAACUGAGUCAAGUACUAUUUCAAGACAGGACUCUAAAAAUGCUCCGGUUUUGCUUCCCUGUCGGCUGCCUUUUUGAGUUUGAUUCCCAUCAUAACUCUUCCUUCUCUGUUUCAGUCCGAAUUCACUCUUCGGGAUGGGAAACCCCUUGUUGGACAUCUGUGCUGUGGUGGACAAAGACCUCUUGGACAAGUAAGUUUGAUGACAGAUGAACUGUUCAGAUCCUGUAGUUUUAGUCCUUACCGCUGAAUGCUUCAAAUGUGUUUUUCCUCUUUUGCACAGUCAGGGCGACAUUAAGAAAAUGCGACAUGUACUCUGUUUUCAAACGAGGUGGAGCAUAAGUCCCUUUUUAAAGUUCUGUAGUCAAUAUUAAAGUGAUAGACUAAAGGUUUAAAAGACUUUCCGAGGGAUGAUUGAUCGGUGCGGAUAGGAGAUAAUGAUAAUGAAAGAGCACAGCACGGAGAACAGCAGCUCUUUGUCCAGCAGAUUUAUUGCUUCAAUAUCCUCUAAAUUAAGACAGUGUAUCAUUGCAUCACAGCCGGGAAUAGACUUCUAGAUAAUUGAAAUAAACAAUAAGUGUCUCUGCACAUCUGUCAUCAUGCCCACCUAAUUAAUGAUCCUUCAUUAGCGUAGUCUCAUCCCAUUUACCACAAAAAUCCCCAUAUCUCAGUAAUGUACCCUUCAGCUGAUGAGGUCUUUUCUGCUGCAUGAAUAAGAAGAGGGGAUAUCUCCUUCAGCUGUUAUGGAUUAUUAAAUUUAAUUUGCAUGCAUUGAAAUAUUAGGAGCCAUUAGUGGAAACCCUCUAAGGCAGAGUAAAUGAUUUCUGGCCUGUCCAUGUUCUGUCACACUGAGCUGACCGGGGCAAAGGGCUCCAGCUCAGAGUCCACUCUAUCUCAAGCCCCUUGCGUAAACUCCUGGAUUAGACCAAAACCAGCCGGUUCGAAUUCAGCCCCUCAUUAAAUGCAGCAGGACUAAAACUGCACCUUAAUCCUUGACUUAUCUUUAUCUUCUGGGGCAGCAAGACUCUGUGCAGCGUUAUUGACCAACACAUUGAUUUUGACUUAAAGUUGUUCACUUUAAAAGGCUCUUUGGCAGAGACUAAAAACAGCCCUCUGGCUGUGAUUUACCGCUCCUGUGUUUCAUAAAUCACACACUCUUUCUGAAAGUGAACAGCAGUUUUUGAAGCAGCAGUAUUGUGCGUAUAGUUUUACAUUAAAAUAAACCAGAUUUGUGAUUUCUUUCCAAGUACGCCACAAACCGCUAACCCUUCCUGUUUUCCUCUCUUAAUUAUUUGCAGAUACAACCUAAAACCCAACGACCAGAUCCUGGCAGAAGACAAGCAUAAAGCACUGUACGUAUCUACAACAUUACAACAUCGUGUUUGCAGUUUAAAUCCAUGGUCAUACUACAUAACUACAAACAGUCUGCACAUGGAGAAAUGAAUACAUCUCAUUUUGUUCCUCUCUGCUCUGGAGUGGGCCAGUCAAAACAGGCGCACACCAGAAAUCAGCACCAUUGACCUCCGUUCCUUUAUAGACGGCCAAUAGCAGCACAGCAGAUCUAGCACAUAGAGCCAUUCUCAGCCAAUCAAAAACCAGGACACUUCACCUCCCAGUCCCUCUGAGACCAGAGCCAGAAAGCAAACAUUUCACAGCAGGAGAUAAGAAAGUCGUGUGUGACUGUGUAUGUGUAAGGCAGCUGAGUUUAGGAUGACAGCUGGUAUAAUCUUUAUUUCCAUUUUAUUAUGUGAUAAUGUGAAGUAUUUACAUGAACUUUCAGUAGGUUUGGGAGGGUUUGAUCAGCCUGAUUCUUUACGUUUAAAGAAAUAAAGAACUUUUAUGACACCAAAAGUCACAACAGCAUCUCUAAAAACGAAAUGAAAGAUUGAGACUUAGGAAUUAACCUGAAGAGUUUGCAUAGUUAUCUGAAGAUCGGCGUACUCUCACACUUCUCACACUUUGUUCCCUCUCGUGUUAAAGUCACUCAGGUCUUCGUUGUUUAAGCACCCAGUGGUCUGGUGCAGAUACACGGAGGAUAACCCAGGAAUGAUCAAAUUUAAGAGACAGAACAGAGACAGUAAACGACACUUUAAAGUCCUGUUUCUACAGUAGACCACAAGGUUUUUUCCCCGUCUCCCAGAUGUCUCCCCCUCAGCAACCUCUGUCUCCCUCUCAGGACCUUUAGCAGCAGUCGGCCUGUUAUACUUUCCAAGGAAAUAUUUGAACAUGCCGUCUCUGUCACUCACAUAAAACCGCACAAACACAUGUCUGAGCGAAGGAGGAUGCAAGUGCUAUAUUUAGAGUGUACAGCAUGGUAUAAUAGAGAUGCUAUGGCCUGAAGCAGAAUCUCAAAGCUCUGCAUCUGCCAUUGUGUUACAUAACACUUGUAAAUGGUUCGAAUAGAAAAAACAGUCACCAGUUUGCACGUGGUGUAUUUUUACCUGGGAGAAAUCUGGCUCCAGUAGAGUGUACAGUUCAAGACCAGAUGAGGUUAAAACACAGAUAAGGUCUUCUAGUCACCCGUUGGUGGAAAUGCUGACUUAACUCAAGGCUGUAAACAGGUUCAGUUUUGCUGCAGGCAUGUUACCUUGUUACCUAACUGAGAUACUUGACUUCUGCAGCCAGCCCCCAGUGAGGGGGCUGCGGCUUUGUUAAAAGCCAUUAACACUUACAACUCUGCUGCGAUCCCAUGUGACACCAUUAAUAUCGUUUACAGUUUCUCAAGAACUAUACCGCGUAUCUCUACGGGAUGAAAAGUGUUCAAAAGUUUACCCUUUUGGUGAUCUAUCGAGGGUUUCCAGACAUUUCUACACCUGCCACAAGGUUUACAAUCCAGCCACAGAAAUAGGUGUUUGAUCAGAGACGUUUGAUUGUAAAUCUGCAGUAAUAUACCGGUGAAAACAUGAUUAUUUAUCAGAUUGUUGUGAUUUAAAAAUAUCACUAUCGCUAAAUGCUGUUUUGAUGACGUCUUUUUCUGUCAAACUUUCGACCAAUUACAUGGUCUCAUAUUCUUCUUCUAUUGUUCCCUUGACGGAAGUGUCCAAUAAGAGACAAGAAGGUUCCCUGCUUGUCUGCAAAAUCAGAAAUAAUGGUCCUCAAUGUUUGGAAACAAGCAAAGAAGAGAUUCUGAGCAGUAUGAUGUGGUCCUCUGUCUCAUCACAGACAGGAACUGCUUCAAGGAGUCGCAUAAACAACUGUAAAUAUUAAAAAACACCUGGAAGAAUUAGUGUAAAUAUGUAAAUAGUUUCUGUUGUGUGUUUGUUCUAAUCCCAAUAUUCUUCUCCUGAUAGCCAAGAUUUGAGAGAAUGAUGUGCAGGUGAGAAAAGGCUUGGUCACUGUAGAUUUAUGUGUUUUUUGAGCAAAGUACUGUUGGGAUUAAUUUCCGUUUUUGCUUUUUGGUCGACUUUGAUGGUUCUGAAUCUUCUGUCACAUUCAUUUUACAUCAUUUUUGCACUAUAAACUGACAGCUGAGGUUGUCCUGAAAAAAAAAGUGUAUAUAUUUACUGUUUGAAAGGAUCUGCUUACUGCUUGAAAGGAUCGAGUUGAUGCAUACAUUUUACAAAAAAAACAGGCGGACCAAAAACAGCAAAAUAUAGCUGUGAGUUCUAAGGGUUAAACAAUGUUCAUUAUUAUACACACCAUCCAAAUAUCAAAAUGGUACAGACAGAGCUACAUCAAAAGAUGCUUAGAUCCCAAAAAUAAAGGAUACCGUUCGUCUGAAUUUAGCAGAAAUCAGAUGCAUGACUUUGGAUCUUCUGCUGGAAUUAUUAAUUGUUCUGGAUUUUCUUUGUCUGUUUGUGUUUGCAGGUUUGAAGAGAUGGUGAAGAAGUUCAAAGUUGAGUACCAUGCAGGAGGUGCCACACAAAACUCGAUAAAGGUUGCACAGGUCAGUCCUGCAAACAAAGUUUAAAAACCUCCUGCUUUUUCACCAACAUCAACAUCCCGUUUAGGUUUUUAAUUUACCUUUUAAGUGAGAAAAAUCGACUGAUCAGAACUUUUGUCUCUGUCUGUAGUGGAUGAUCCAAGAACCCCAUAACGUGGGCACCUUCUUUGGCUGCAUCGGGAAAGACAAGUUUGGAGAGAUCCUCAAGCAGAAGGCGAAGGAGGCCCACAUCGACGCCCACUACUACGAGCAAAACGAAGAACCUACAGGAACGUGUGCUGCAUGCAUCACAGGAGACAACAGGUGGAGACUUACUGUGAUAAAAAUGACUUCUUUAUAUAUUAUUUGUCUACAAUUCCUAAUCUUCUUUUGUUUUUCUUGCCUUCUCCUCUCAGGUCUUUGGUCGCCAACCUCGCUGCUGCUAACUGUUAUAAGAAGGAGAAGCAUCUAGACCUGGAAGAAAACUGGGAGCUGGUGAAAAAAGCGAAAGUCUACUACAUUGCUGUAAGAAGAAAUCUUAAAAUAACAAAAUGAUUCAUCAAGAUAUAAAAAGCAGAUCCGUUUUGACCCAGUAUCACCGUUUUCUUCCAGGGCUUCUUCCUCACCGUCUCGCUGGAGUCCAUCCUGAAAGUGGCGAAGCAUGCGUCUGAAAAUAACAAGCUGUUCUGUCUGAACCUUUCUGCACCGUUCAUCUGCCAGUUCUUCAAGGAUAACCUCAUGCAGGUUAUGCCCUAUGUGGAUGUGCUGUUCGGCAAUGAGACGGUGAGCCAGACUCUGACAUUUCAUCCCUCAGAUACCCAACAUCACGUCUGCAGAGACUUCCAUUAGAUGUGGAUUAUGAUCUCAUGUUUGUGUGUAAAACAAGGUUGUCGGUUUUUGUCCUUUAGGAGGCAGGAGCAUUCGCUAAAGAGCAAGACUUUGAGGUAAACAGAAUGAGAUUCAUUUAUAAACUUCACAUUAGUGUUGCGUUUAAUUUUGUGCUCUAUUAACGGUUUGUUUUUUAUUGUGUGGUUUUUUGCCGUAGACCGAGGAUGUCAAGGAAAUUGCCAAGAAAGCCCAGGCUUUGCCCAAAGUCAACACAAAGAGGCAGAGGAUUGUGGUAUUGACUCAGGGGAAGGAUGAAACUGUCAUGGCCCAAAGUAAGCUUUCUUUCAUUUCAUUAAGUCUGUUUGGAUUUGUGUGUCUCAUGACCUCUGACAAAUGUCUGUAUCCCUUUCAUGUUCAGGUGACAAGGUCCUGACAUUCCCUGUACUCAAGGUAGAGCCCAAGGACAUCGUUGACACAAACGGUGCAGGCGAUGCCUUCGUGGGAGGUAAGAGUUUUCAGUGUUGACAUUUCUGCGUGGGUGAUAUGGUAUAAAAUCCACAGAAACUCCAAAGAUUUCUCCCUCCGGUGCAGGUUUCCUGUCAGAGCUGGUCCAGGACAAACCUCUGGAUCAGUGUGUAAAGGCGGCACACUACUCUGCAAACGUCAUCAUCAGAAGAGCGGGCUGCACCUUUCCUGAAAAACCCGAUUUCAAAUGAGUACUCUGGGACAUUUUUUUCCUGAAGUCUGAAACCUCAAACUCACCCUGCCCUAAAUAACUGACCCAGUAUUUCCACGAUUUCAACAUUUUCAAAGCCCCCCUUUUUUGUCCCAAUCAGUCAACCAUCCGUGCAAUUCACCAAAACUUUUCACCAAUUAUUGGCCGGCACCUCCUGACAUGUGUGUCUGUCUCCAUGUUAUCCACUUGGGGUCGCCAGAGGACCACGCAGAGCCCUGGGAGACUUUAAUGAGCAUAAAAGAAUAAUGAGAGCAACACAGGAUUUAAUUAUUAUGUUUAACGUGAAGGAUUAAAACGGAAAAUCUUGUUUUUUUUUUUAUGGAUUGAUUUCAAAAACAUUGUGGCUCUGGCACUGCCAGCGUUAAGGUGCAACUUUUUUAAAACUUUGCUGCAAGCUGUUGGCGUCUUAACCAGUCUUUAAAUCCUACAAUGGCAGGACACAUAAUAAACAAAGGAAUAAUAAAAAAAAAAACAGUGUUACAAAAGGAAACUGCAUCUAAACGGGCAGUAGGGAUUUAUUUUAAAAUCAUUUUUUCGUUUAUGUCUUUUUGUUGUUUUGAUUUUAACAGGCCAGUUAUGAAACCAAAUGUUUUCAUUGAGCGCUCACUUUUUAAUGUGUCAUAAUUUCUGCCCACCAGCUCCUGAGAUCUCUUUAAUGUGCUGUGUUGGAUGUUUCCUUUUAGAGUCUCUUUUGUUUGCUCUUUCCUCUCAUUGUAGUUUCUUUUAUCAUGAGUGCCUUUUUUUCCCGUCAGACCAUUGCGGGCCACUGGUAGCUUAUAGGGAGAUAAAAUAUACGCACAACUCUAAAUGCAUGUAAGCUAGCUGUUGUUGCAGCUGACCUUAGAGGUGGCUAUUUUCACCUACAGUUGUGGCUGAUCUCUAAGUGAGUUGUUGUCUUGGAAUAACUUGUGAUAUUGAACCUAACUUUAAGACAGUCCGUCCCUCCUAAUCAAACAUAAAACUGAUUUUCUGUCAAAUAUUAAUAAAGCACAUUAAAAAAACAAUCCAAGGCCACACUAGUGAGAUAUGGGGCCAAACAUUUCAAAUCAUCACGAUUUAACUGAGUUAAUGUUAGACUUUAUUCUGAGCAAAUUUGAAUACUUGAAUACAAGUGGAAACUGUACAACUCUAACCAUCCAUGAUAAUGAUUGACAUUUUGUGUUGAAAUUUGUUGGUACGUCUAUUAGUGUCAAAUUUAUGUUCGUUCCUCUGUUACGUGUUCAGAUACACCAAAAAGCCUUAUGUGACUCAAAUUGAAGGCCCAGCGGCACCCAGGAUGCCCAUCUCUGUGCUGGACUGCAUUCACAAAUAAAACUUACAGGGAAAAUUGUU